AACAAGCAAAUUGGCACCGAAAAUUACAGGUCAGCCCCCGAAGAAGCUACUACUAGCCAUGGUCCAUAUAAAUACCACUCCCAGCAUCGUCUCCGACUCGCAACUUACGAACGAGCAGCCACGCACAGGAACACAUACACACUACCGUGGCAAUGGCCGACACGGCCACCGCCCCGCUCCUUACAAGCCAUAAGUCCAAGCUUGCCAAGGCGCCGUCCAUCGACGACACCAUCGAGACGUACAUCGGCUCCACCGGCGCCAUGCAGCUGCUCAAGGCCGUCCUUCUGGCCUUCGCGUGGGCCUUCGACGCGCAGCAGGUGUUCAUCUCCGUGUUCACGGACGCCGAGCCACGGUGGCACUGCACAACAGACGCCCCAGCGGCGUCCUGCUCGCAGGCCGAAGCCUCGCCGUGCGCGCUCCCGCCCGGCGCGUGGGCGUGGGACCGCCCGGCCGAGACGUCGGUGGUCUCGGAGUGGGCCCUCAAUUGCGCCGGCCCGGCGCUCGUCUCGCUCCCGGCGUCGUCGUUCUUCGCCGGCUGCCUGGCGGGCGGGUUCCUGCUCACGACGCUCGCGGACUCGCUCCUCGGGCGCAAGAAGAUGCUCCUCGUGUCCCUGGUGACCAUGUCCGUCGCCGCCGUGCUCACCGCCUUCGCGCCCAACGUGUGGGUGUACGCCGCGCUGAGGUUCGUGUCCGGGCUCGGCCGGUCCAUGGUGGGGACGUGCACGCUGGUGCUGUCUACGGAGCUCGUUGGGAAGCGGUGGCGCGACACGGUGAGCGUGGCCGGGUUCUUCUUCUUCACCGUCGGGUUUUUGUCCCUCCCGGCGCUCGCCUACACGUUUCGCGAGGCGUCCUGGCGGAACAUGUACAUCUGGACGUCCGUGCCUUCGCUCUGCUACUCCAUUCUGCUAUACUUCCUCGCCCAGGAGUCGCCGCGGUGGCUGCUGGUGCGCGGCCGGAAGCAGGACGCCAUGGAGACGCUGCAGCAGAUCGCCUCGCUCAACGGAAACGGCAUCACGUCCAGCUUCUCCAUGCUGCACGCGUGCACCAUGCACGAGGACGACGGGGCCAGCGGCGGAGGUGCCGUGUUCGCCACGCUGCAGACGAUGUGGGAGCGGCCGUGGGCGCUCCGGAGGCUUGCGGCGAUCAUGACGGCCAGCUUCGGCGUCGGCAUGGUCUACUACGGCAUGCCGCUCAACGUCGGCAACUUAGGCUCCAAUCUUUACCUGAGCGUCACGUACAACGCGCUGGCCGAGCUGCCGUCGUCCAUCCUGUCGUGGCUCCUCAUCGGCAGGAUCAACCGGCGAUGUUCGGUGGUGACGCUCACCGCCGCGGCGGGGGCGCUCAGCCUCGCGUGCGUCGCCAUCGCGCAGGGCUCGGCGGCGCGGAUGGCCGCCGAAACCCUCUCCUUCUUCGCGACUUGCACGGCGUUCAACGUCAUCAUGAUCUACUCCAUCGAGUUGUUCCCGACGUCCGUGCGCAACUCGGCGGUGGGGUUGGUCCGGCAGGCGCUGGUGCUGGGCGGCGUGGCGGCGCCCGUGCUCGUCGCGCUCGGCCGCAAGAGGAGCUUCUGGUCGUUCGGCGUGUUCGGGCUCUCCAUCGGGUGCCUCGGGCUCUUCGCCGCCUGCCUGCCGGAGACGAGGGGGCGGAGCAUGUCGGACACCAUGGAGGAGGAGGAGCAAAAUGAGGCCGCCGUCGCGUCCUGCACCAACACAGCAGCCGCCAUUGCCACGAAGAACAACAGCGAUCUCGUGUAAUUUAUAACGUUCAUGUUGAUUUCACGACUGCACAGUAAUUUCUUGCCGCGAUAUUUCGGCGGCGCUGCUGGAUAUGCUUGUGCAGUAGGAACUGCUCUCGCAGGUCAAGCCCGUCGCUGUUCACUCGUGUAAGCUGCCGUCAAGUUGCUGCAUAUAAUUCAUUUUUAAAAAUUCAUGCAGUCCUUGAAUAUCUGCCAGUUUGUGGAACUCGAGCAAAGUAGUGUCCCCACAUAUAUACACUGCAUUAACACAUUCAUGCACGUCGAAGCCGUAAAAUUGGCCCGGAAA